GCUGAAGACUUCACCAAGCUGGGUCUCAGCACACAGCAGUGCCCCACUGACUCAGCCAGAAAACUGUGACUUGUCUGCCUCCUGCUGCAGCUCCAGCCAUUGUCUCUAGGGAGUAGAAGCCUCUGGGUUGGGUUUCGCUGAGUGCUCAGUAGCUUGUCUUGCUCAGUUCUGAGACGGCUCACCCCUCUGUCAGCUUGUCCCCUUCUCCAUCGCCCGUGACUCUUGAAGGCCGGAAGCAUGCACCCACUAAGGUUUAAAAUGGAACAUUUCGAUGCGUCACUCAGUACCUAUUUCAGGGCAUUACUGGGCCCCCGAGACACACGAGUCAAAGGAUGGUUUCUUCUGGACAAUUACAUCCCUACGUUUGUCUGCUCUGCCAUUUAUUUACUCAUCGUGUGGCUGGGACCAAAAUACAUGAAAAACAGGCAGCCGUUCUCUUGCCGAGGCAUCCUGGUGGUGUAUAAUCUUGGGCUCACCCUGCUGUCUCUCUACAUGUUCUAUGAGUUGGUGACAGGUGUGUGGGAAGGCAAAUACAACUUCUUCUGUCAGGGAACACGCAGCGCAGGAGAAUCAGAUAUGAAGGUUAUUCGUGUCCUCUGGUGGUACUACUUUUCCAAACUCAUAGAAUUCAUGGACACCUUUUUCUUCAUUCUUCGUAAGAACAACCACCAGAUCACAGUCCUGCACGUCUACCACCAUGCCACUAUGCUCAACAUCUGGUGGUUUGUCAUGAACUGGGUUCCCUGCGGCCAUUCGUACUUCGGUGCGACGCUCAACAGCUUCAUCCACGUCCUCAUGUACUCGUACUAUGGCCUGUCCUCUGUCCCUUCCAUGCGUCCCUACCUCUGGUGGAAAAAGUACAUCACUCAGGGGCAGCUGGUCCAGUUUGUGCUGACAAUCAUCCAGACCAGCUGCGGGGUCAUCUGGCCGUGCUCCUUCCCUCUCGGGUGGCUGUACUUCCAGAUCGGAUACAUGAUUUCCCUGAUUGCUCUCUUCACAAACUUCUACAUUCAGACUUACAACAAGAAAGGGGCCUCUCGGAGGAAAGAGCACCUGAAGGGCCACCAGAACGGGUCUAUGACUGCCGUCAAUGGACACACCAACAACUUUGCUUCCCUGGAGAACAGUGUGACGUCAAGGAAGCAGCGGAAGGAUUGACAAGCCGAGCCGAAGCCUCCAGACCAAGGCGUGUGAUUGUAAGCACAGUAUGAGUUGUGCCCUGACGCUCACAACAGCUGCUGUCAUAGUCUGGCCCUACUAUCUGCAGUGUGACUUAUGUAGGACCGUUUUCAUCAGUUCAAAACCCCUAGAAUAUGUAUACAGAUUAUACAAGUAGGCAUACGAUUCUCUCACAUUUCUGGGCUCUCAUCGCCCCCCGCGCUAGACUGUGGAAAGGGAAUGUUGUUGUAGUAUACGACACUGCUGUUGCCUUAUUAGUUGUAACACGAUAGGUGCUGAAUUGUGGUUCACAAUUUAAAACACUGUAAUCCAAACUUUUUUUUUUUUAAGUGUAGACCAUGCAUGUGACUGUAAAUUUGUACAGUGUUGUUAACAGUAGAAGAACACACAUGCCUUAAGACUUAAAAAGCAGGGCCCAAAGCUUAUUAGUUUAAUUAGGGUAUGUUUCGACUUUGUAUUCAUUUGUAAUAGCUCUGUUUAGAAAAAUCAAAUGCGUGAUUUAUGAAAUUAGUGUGUGAUGUGUAACUACAAGUGACUGGGAGAUGCGAAACCUGACGGUACCUUCCGUUUUACAUAAGCAGGCUCAAGUCUAGUGGGACAGUCAGUUUAACUUUUUAACAAAUCUUAUUUUUUUAUUUUGAGUGCCACUAUCAAUGUGUUUAAAGAGGUGGGGAAAGGGUCCCAAGCAUCUGGAGGCACUUAUGUACCUGUCCCUGGUCCCCCAGAGUCUAGGGCCACUGUAGGGUGAGUAGGCCACUUUUUAUUUCUGAAGUGCUUAGUGUUUUUAUACAGGAGAGAAAAAGGGCCAUUCUGUUUCCCACCACUUGGAGAGAGGAAACUACCUUUCAGGAAAGGUGAUUAGACAUUUAUUAUGUGACAGUCACACACACGCCCAGUGAUGGGAAACUGGUUGCCUGGGUCCAAAUUUUUUUUGUUCUUUUCUGUAGUGCUACUUUGACAUACCCUUCCUUUUAAAAUGUGCCUAAUUUACCAAGAGACCAGGAAGCACCGUAAUCAUUUUGAGGCAAAAUUAAAGAGCUGGAGCACGCAGGAACUGGGUGUUUGGGGAGCAAUCGCUUUAUUCAGUGUAAAUCUCGGUGGCAUCUGUAAUUUUUUUCUGCUUAGCAUCUAAAGAUUGAUUUAAAGCGCUUGUUUAAAAGUAACAGAUAGUGCGCUGGAGACGUUGGUCAUACAAGUGGGGACUAUUGUUACAUGUGUCAUCUUUAAAGUGUUGAAAGUUUAGCCUUUGAACACCUUCUGCAUUGAAGAAAAUUGAUUGAACCACUCGUGACACAUCCUAGAAGACAAUUGACAAUGUACAAACUAAUUGUGGGUUUGAUAUUUAUGUAAAUACCAGUUUACCAUGCUUUAAUUUUGCACAUUCAUAUUCUAAGGAGCCAGUUGGUCCUCAUUAGCCUCUGUUUGGACGGAGUUGCAGCGUCUGUUUACAUUGAUCUUCUCUAAUCUAGAGCGUCCAUGUGUGUCUCCAUCCGAGGGUACCGCUCGCAGGUUCUUUACAUAUCUUAGUACAAAACUAUAACAUUCAGUAGUGUGCUGUCAAAGUGUGCUUAGCUCAUCUGGAUAUACCCACACUGUCAAAUAAUGUCUAAACAUUAAUCAUUAAAACCUUUUUGAUUACCCGG